AUUUUGUAUACAUAAAGUAUAUACUUGACAAAUAUCACGAUUAGCUUGAAUUCAGGAGGAAAUCAGGAAUGUUUCUUCCGGUUCCUAAGAGUACAAAAACAAAACGGAAGCUGAUUUGCAGGGCCUGACAGAGGUCCAGAGGCACAUUACCUGAAAGCAACCUUCAUCUGCAAAGUAGGCAGCUCCCAAGUUGGGGGCUGCAUGGGUCUAGACCAAGUCCAGAAAGAACUGCUGGUCCCCAUCUCUCCCCCCUGUACAAACUCCAUAUUUCUCUACAGUCAGGAGUCACAGGCCACCUGUACACAAGACCUGGGACUACUGUCCAGAGAGGCAAACAACAAAAUACUUCAAGACUUUGCUUUGUCAGGAUAUUGAUAGCCAGAGUGCGCCACAGUGUUUCUCUGUGUCUCCCAGGAGCCAUCUGUCCUUUUCUGUUUUGAAGACGCAGGCAUCGAUAAAUUGAAUUUGCUUGGGAAAAAUUCACCCCUUAAGAUCAGAGAGGGAAACGUCCUUGCCGGGUGUGAUCUGAGCUCUCGGCGAGGAAGGAGACGAGAUAAGCAGGGCGCAACUCUGUCUGGAGAUGAAGCUUCAAGCUGUGAUGGAGAAUCUGCACAGGCAGCAGCGAGCAAAAUUACUUAUGGAGCUAGAGCAGCAGCAACAGCUACAACAGCAAGCUGGGCAGUCCCAGGUGCGAAAUACUUCUCAGUCCAACUCUGGCAAUGCUGCGGACGAGAUGAUGGGAAGCCCCGCCCCCGAGGCUGAGCACGCUCAAAUAGCAGCUCUGGCAGCCAUGCGGGCGGUGGCUGCUGGUCUGCAGAGAGCCCCCAGCAGCCCCAUGUCAGAGCACAGCAGUGUAGGAGAGGAUGAGGAGGAUGAGGAUGAUGAAGAAGGGGAGGAACCAUAUAAGGACAUGAUGGGUUCAGAAGAGGAGGAGCGUAUAAAGCAAAAAUGGGAUGAGGAGGACUUUGAAGGUGAGAUGGAGGAAGAUUACGAAGAUGACCUGGGUGACGAGGGGGUGCCUUCUGGAAGAGAGGCAGUGGGCAUGGGCAAAGGCAUCCUGCUACUUCCUCACCGCCAGCUGCACCCCCACUCCCAGCUGAUGAAGGCCCGGCCUAUGGCAGAUCAGGAACCCCGCGUAUCGGCUCUCCCGCCUCACGGCUCUCACAGUCAGCUGGGCGGCCAGGAUCAUGGGGACUGGACUUAUGAAGAGCAAUUCCGACAGCUCUAUGAAUUGGAUGGGGACCCUAAACGCAAAGAGUUUCUGGAUGACCUGUUCAGUUUCAUGCAGAAGAGAGGAACCCCAGUCAACAGGAUUCCCAUCAUGGCCAAGCAGGUGUUGGACCUGUACAUGCUGUAUCAGCUGGUGACAGAGAAGGGAGGGCUGGUGGAGGUCAUCAACAAGAAGCUGUGGAGGGAGAUCACCAAAGGACUCAACCUGCCUACCUCAAUCACCAGUGCUGCCUUCACUCUCAGGACACAAUACAUGAAGUACUUGUACCCUUAUGAAUGUGACAAGAGGGGACUCAGCAACCCCAAUGAGCUCCAGGCAGCUAUUGACAGCAACAGACGGGAGGGGCGCCGGCAGGGCUUUGGGAGCACCCUCUUCACCUACUCACCCAAUGGCACACCCACCAUGCUGUCCUCCCCCAAACUCUCCAUGCCAAGCCUGGGAAUAGCAGGGGGUACCAAUGGAGCUCCACUCACCCCCAUCCAGAAGGUCAAGAAAGAGGACGAGGGAGGCCAGCCCAUGCCGGGGGCGGGCCGGCUGCCGGUGGCUCUGGCAGGGCACACAGUGGUGGCAGCGCAGGCAGCGGCGGUGCAGGCGGCCGCCGCCCAGGCAGCCAUGGCGGCCCAGGUGGCUGCGCUCGAGCAGCUGAGGGACAAGCUGGAGACUGGUGAGCCACCAGAGAAGAAGAUGGCCCUGCCGGCUGAGGAGCACCAGCGCCUCCUACAGAGAGCGCUACAGCACAACCUGCUCGCCAUGACCGCACAGAUGCCAAUGAACAUCCGCAUCAGUAACCAGGACAACAGGCAGGACUCAGCCCUCAAUCUCACCGCUAACGGUAUGAGCAGCAUCAGCAUGUCUGUGGAACUCAAUGGAGUCCUGUACACUGGUGUGCUUUUUGCUCAGGCAGCAGGGUCAGCCCCAUCAGGCCCCUCCGGAUCAUCAGGCUCCAGUAACAACAAAGCCCCUGGUGGGCGCAGUGGGUCUCAGCCAAUCCCCCACACACCUACCUCAUCCUCCUCCAACAACCCGUCGCCUUAAAAACCUCACACCCUACCUUUUUCCGAAGCUAACUAAAGCCAAAAAAAUCAACCUCAUUUUCUACAUAGCCUAUGCCAAAAAACAGACAGAUAUUUAAACCCAGACCACUUGAAGUACACUAUCUCAGGUUCUCUCACCUGCUGCAGGUUUUCUUUUCUCUUUGAACUUUUUAACCUUUUUUUCUUUCCUCUUUUACUUAGCAGCCAAAAUAGGUUUUAAAGGUAACAAGAGCCAGUAUAUGAUAGAAAUAUAUGCACAACCUGUGAAUAAUUUAUUUCCUCUCCAUAAAUGUACAGAUAACUUGAGAACAAAAGAAAAAAUAAUCAACAGGAAGGUUAAUGCACUGUUUACACAACUUAACACAUCUACUGACUGACCGUGAAGCUACUUUUCAAA